UUAAACUUUUAUUGCUCAGAAUUGUGUGAUGUGGAGUCGCAAUUGUGUGUUAUGAAGUCAGAAUUGUGAGAUAUAUACUUGCAAUUCUGACCUAUAACCUUCUAUAACCUAUCUCAAGUCAGCAAUUCUGACUUUUUCUUGCAAUUCUGACUUUUUCUCAGAACUGUAAGAUGAAUGUACAAUUGUGAGAGAAAAAGUUGCAAUUACCUCAUUUUUUUUAUUCAGUGGCAGAAACAAGCUUUCAUUGUUUAAUUAUAGAAUUGCAUGUAUAGAGUUGUUUUUUAACAUACGUUCUUAUUGGCGAAUUCUCACAGGGUCAAAGUUCAUCAAAAAUCUGCUGCGAAUGGGAACGUCAGAAGAAAACGUUCACCCUCACGGGAAAUUCACUAGCAUUCUCUUCACAAUGAAAUGAUUGGAUUUAACCGGUGGAAAGUUGCUGAACAUUGGUAUGUAACUGCAUCUUAAAGAUCCACCGAUAAUAAUAAUACGAAUUUAGUUACCAGUUCCAUUUUACGAACAUUCUCGUUUAUGAACAUUUCGCGCCAAAUCCGACCCGCCCCUCAAUAUAUUGUGAUAUAACUAUUGGAUGGAAAAAAAAACAUGUUUUUCUUUAAUCUCUUCAUAAUGUAGCCACCCAGCAAUGCUAACAACCACUCAGAAGAACACAGAAAUAGCCCGUAUUAGAGCUCUGAAGCACACGUCUGGGAAUUCGACCUGAGGUCAGAUCUCCUUCAGCUCUAUAGUUCACACCGAACACCGAGCCUGUUGUUGAUACUUCUGUGAGAUGAUUACUUUGGAGACAGACCAGAGACAGAUAGAGUGACGUCUGUGGUCCUUUCAUUAACUUUAUGUCAUGAUGUUACACGCAGCUCCCAGUUAUUAUGGUCUCACUACAUUCCUAUCAUCAGUGUGGCUUAUUUUCUCGCUGAGUUAUCCAAAUCCAGUUCGGCCUAAAUGUCUGCCCGGCACAUCUUACAUCUGACUCAUGUUUCUUGAAGCCUACAAGUUCAUGCCCUUAUCCUAACUGUGAAUACAAAAUGCCUGACAUAUUUUUGCUCUGCCAUUUUUUUUUUCUGUCAGGGUUAUUGUGGGCUUUUUCACAGUUCCUUGCUUAAGUUACUUAAGGAUCACAGUGCCAGCUGAGGGCCACUUAUAUCUGCUGUCGAAAUGCUACAUCUGACCUUCGGUUUACAGCAGUGUUGCAGAUUCAGAAAAACUAUUAGCACUGAAUCCAUUUUAUCUAUUGAUUUUGUGUUUGCUCAUUCAUACUAUAAUCUCGAGGGGUGUGAUUUGCCCGUGAAUUUGCAUUUGCCCACAGCUAAGAGGCUAAAACCAAUUUCCCCAAACUACCUUGGUGAGUUCACAUGGUUUUAAUUUAAUUCAAAAUAAAUCAGAUUAGAUGGUUAGCAAUCUAACGCGUUACUCAACUGCCCUCUAGUGUCGCAAAUGGGAAAUUAAGGGUGUGCCUCAUUCUAACCGAGCAGGAUAUUAUAUCUAUUCCAAUAUCUUUCGUAUGCAACUGCAGUUGCAACUACAGAUCUUUUUUUUUCACAGUUUGUCAAAGAUUCCCUGCCGAAUGAUUGAUGACUCAGCAAUUGCGGCAACCAGGGCAUUUUCUUUAGCACGAGACAAAGCGACUCAGAAUACAGCUGAUACGUUCCAUUUCGGUGACGUCGACAUGAAUCGCUAUUAUUGUGGCUUUGACAUAAUUAAUUGCAUUCUUUUGUUAUCUGUGCUGCAUUCACACUGUAGAAUUGUUUGAGAUUAAAUGUACUGAAUUUUGACUUUUUUCUGUUGUAUUUUAGACUCUUAAAUAAGUUGUGUCCUUAAAAUAAUUGUUUAAAAAAAAUUAGUUCCUGGUGUAUUCGUGUUUGAAUUAGUCUAGUGUUCCUCAUGUAACCCAUGGCAACCGCACAGGAUGUAGGAGGAGGAGCUGAAAUUAAAUUCUCAGUCUUGUGAUUGGCUGAAACAGGUGUUCUGAGGUUUCGUAAUGAAUGAUGACUGAAGUAUGCAUGUGUUCAUUAUCUGAUCCACAUAAUAACCAGAGUGUUUUGGAAAUGUCUAUGAAGUUUUUCUCUUUGCAGCAUCAGUUUUAUGCAUGCUGAUGUUUGAUUGGGGGGAAUUAAAUGAAAGGAGUUGGUUCUUUGUUCCUUUUGUGUCACAAACUGUCUCACUCUUCCCCCCUCAGUACAGCAGACAGUAGCUAAUGCAGCAACUCUUUUGAGCGGUAGCCUGUUGUUGUUGUUAUGGAAACUGGGCUCUCGCUAUAUUAUUGUGAGGGCAGAACAGAAUGUGUCUCCAAUGAGCUACUCUCCACCAAAUUGUUCCACUGGCCAACAUACUCAGCAAAAUCGGCAAAAAGAGGAACGUAUGAGAAAAAUAUAUUGGCUUUUAUUGCUUGAGAGAAUAGAUAAUUAGGCUAUGUGUUGCUGUAGACCUUAUUCAGAGCAGCGUCAUGUAUCAGAGAGAAAUGUCUGCUGUCGGAGAUGUGCCUUCGUUCUUCCAGAACAUGGGAAGCUCCAGCCCCAACCAGCCACGGCAGAAAUUCUGUGGCAUGUUUUGCCCGGUGGAGGGUUCGUCCGACAACAAGACGCUGGACUUUGACUCGCUGUCCUCAAGGAAAGGUCGGGUGAUCGAGAGGCAGAAUGAUAUCUCCAAACCACAAAAAGUGGAGAUCAGAAGAAGUGCCGGGAAAGAGAAUCUGCAGAACCUGAAGGAUGAGAGUGACCGUCUCUUGAUUAAAGGGGCUAAGAUUGUGAAUGAUGAUCAGUCGUUCUGUGCCGACAUCUAUAUAGAGGAUGGCCUGAUCAAGCAAAUUGGAGAAAAUCUGAUUGUGCCCGGUGGGGUGAAAACCAUCGAUGCUCAUGGGCGUAUGGUGAUGCCAGGUGGCAUUGAUGUGCACACACGCUUCCAGAUGCCUGACAGGGGCAUGACUUCUGCAGAUGACUUCUACCAAGGCACCCGCGCUGCGCUGGCUGGAGGAACCACCAUGAUCAUCGAUCAUGUGGUGCCUGAACCCGGGACGAGUUUGAUCUCAGCCUUCAAUCAGUGGCGGGAGUGGGCGGACAGUAAAGCGUGCUGUGAUUAUUCCCUUCACGUGGACAUCACCGAAUGGCACAAGGGUAUUCAAGAGGAGAUGGAGACGCUCGUCAAAGAUCACGGCAUUAACUCUUUCCUCGUCUACCUGGCUUACAAAGACGUUUUCCAGCUCACCGAUUCCCAGAUCUACGAAGUGUUGAGUGUGAUUCGGGACCUCGGGGCCAUCGCUCAGGUCCAUGCUGAGAACGGAGACAUCAUAGCCGAGGAGCAGCGCAGGAUUUUCGAGUUGGGGAUCACUGGACCAGAGGGACAUGUCCUCAGUCGUCCAGAGGAGGUGGAGGCGGAAGCAGUCAACCGCUCUGUAACAGUGGCCAAUCAGACCAACUGCCCUCUUUACGUCACCAAGGUGAUGAGCAAAAGUGCUGCUGAUGUCAUCGCCCAGGCCAGGAAAAAAGGCACCGUAGUCUAUGGAGAGCCAAUCACAGCAAGUCUUGGCACGGAUGGCUCACACUAUUGGAGCAAGAACUGGGCCAAGGCCGCCGCCUACGUCACGUCCCCACCCUUGAGUCCAGAUCCCACCACACCGGACUAUCUCAACUCGCUGCUGUCAUGUGGGGAUCUGCAGGUAACAGGAAGCGCUCACUGCACCUUUAACACCGCCCAGAGAGCUGUGGGUAAAGACGACUUCACCCUCAUCCCCGAAGGAACCAACGGCACUGAGGAAAGGAUGUCCAUCAUCUGGGACAAAUGUGUGGUAACUGGGAAAAUGGAUGAAAAUCAGUUUGUCGCCGUCACCAGCACCAACGCCGCCAAAAUCUUUAACUUGUACCCACGUAAGGGCCGCAUUGCCGUGGGCUCCGAUGCCGACCUGGUUCUGUGGGAGCCUGAUGUUACAAAAAUCAUCUCAGCGAAGAGCCACAAUCUGGCAGUGGAGUACAACAUCUUCGAGGGUACCGAGGUGCGCGGGGUGCCCCUGGUGGUCAUCAGCCAGGGAAAGAUCGUACUGGAGGAUGGAAAUCUCCACACCAUAGAGGGAUCUGGACGCUACGUGAGCCGUAAGCCGUUCCCUGACUAUGUCUACAAGAGGAUAAAGGCUCGCAGCAGGCUUGCUGAACUGAGGGGCGUCCCACGGGGUCUCUACGACGGGCCGGUCUGUGAAGUCUCAGUGACGCCCAAAGCUGUGACGCCUGCUUCCUCUGCCAAAACCUCUCCUGCCAAGCAGCCCGGUCAACCGGUCCGCAACCUGCACCAGUCUGGCUUCAGUCUCUCUGGCGCUCAGGUUGACGACAAUAUCCCCCGCCGCAACACCCAGCGUAUAGUUGCGCCCCCUGGUGGCAGGGCCAACAUCACCAGCCUGGGCUAGACCCCUGUCCUCCAGCCGACAGGAGAACAGUGGGUUGGGGGAGGGAUGUCUAUAAACGGAGGGGUUUGCUGAAACCACCGUGUCAAAUCAAGAACCGAACCCUCCACAGGGCCCAUGAUUCUUUACUCCCUACUCUCCCAACCCCCGAGCUCUCGCCCUUUUCCCUAUUCUUUUCCCAACCUUACACCACUUCCUAAAGAAGACAUCUAGACAAAAAAAAAAAAAAGUAUUUGCCUCAUGUGAAGAAAGGAAACAUGUAACAUCCACAUUUGAGCACGUUCUGAUUGUAUGAUUUUUAUACUGUACUUUCUACCCACCAUGAGUCAUGUUGUUAUUUUUGUAUUUAACUUUAUUUGCUUUUUGAAAUCGGAGGGAUCAAGUGUGUUUACUAGAGAAGCUGUUUAUCAUUGUUACUUAUUAACAAGGCAAGGGUUAGAGUACUGGGUUUCUUGUGUCAUUGUUUGUGGAAAAAAGUCUAUUAGGACUUUUUAUUACAUUAGGAAUGUAUAUAUUUUUUAGGCUUUUUUAUUACGUUUUUUUUUUUUUUUUUUACUCAAACAAUCAGUUUACAUCAAUGAACACCUGACCGUAUUCCGCCCCUUCAGUGGCAUUCAAUGCGAUUCAUUUCUGUACCAGUCAAUAAAAGAAAGCUUUUCCAGUGGUUGCUAAUUAAAAACCAUGUUUUGUUCCACAACUAGAGAUAUUUAAUUAACAAUGUUAAUGUUUUUGAAGAAGAAACCCCAUAUACAAAACUUAACAACGUAGAGAAAAUAAGAGAGGACCACAAGUGAUUCUAGCUGUCCUCAUUCCAAAAGAAACUCAAUCUUUUCUCUCUUUUUUUUUUUUUUUUUUUUUUUUUUGUUUGUUGCAAAAGCUGCUUUAAUUCUUAAUGGUUAAGGAAAGGAUAAAGUCAAGGUUGUAACGUUAUUUGGUCGUGAAGAAAUAGAGGGCUGUUUCUUUGAGGAUUUUUGAGAAUUUAGUGGACAAAGUGGAUGUGGUGCUGUGAAAUUAGUAACCAUUUCCUAAUGCACUAGAGCCUAAAGUAUACUUACAUUUUUGACAUGCGUACAGCCGAACAAGUUGCGUACGCAGUGUUGUGUGUGCUACGCGAGCGCAGCAGUCAAACACGUCCGUCUAGCACUUGUUUACAUAGAAAAACGCAAAAAUGCGUUCUGUGUGAACGGCCACUUAGAACGUUUCAUCCUCGUCCAGUGUCUGCGCUAUUUCUCAUCGAAGUUAUGAACAUAAAUGUUAUUUAAAAAGUAUUUUUUUUUUACUCGAUAAAGUAGUCAUGGGAAUUUCUCAACUUACACAAACGCUCAAUCCCCACAUUUCUUUUUCCGCUUUUAAACAAGACGAGGCCAGUGUUGCCACCUUGUGGGCAAAUUAAUCAUCUUUUUUUUAAAAUCAAAACCCAUGUGCUAGCUGAGCUUAUAGAGUACACUAGUUUACAAAAAUCAGGCUGCUCGCGUACUAUGCUGCUGACCUAUGCUUAUGCGUAAAAACCGAAGUAUACUUUUGGCUUGAGGGCCAAAAUAAACCCAGAAGGAUGUUUCUGUAGGUUUGGUUGCUGCGCAGUACGAAUACGCCUUGUGAGUCGUUAGAUUUUACGAUAUUGAGCGGUUAUGCUGCAAAUUUCUUUCAACAAAUGUGAUGUCGCAGACCUUACGCUAAUGUGUCUUUUUUGUAUCUUUAACUCCAAGCUGUGCCGGACUUAUAAUGCUGAGUGCUGCUGCAAGAGCUUGUUCGUGUUUUAUGUUUGAAACAACUGAAAGGCUGUUAAAUGUAAAAUAGCCGGUUAACCGAUACAAAGGUGCCAGAUUUUUUUCUGAACUCUUAAAUGUAAAAUAGCCAGUUAACCGAUGCAAAGGUGCCAGGUUUUUUCUCUUAACUCGUCAUAGUGCUUUUGCAAGGCUUUUCUGAGUACGAGUUGUCAGCGUCAUUCUUAAUGUCGACAUCCAUUUUUAGUGCUGUAGUAAAAUGCUACAUACGACAGUCAUGUGAUUUUCAACAGCUGUGUUGAACAUGGCAGCUCCAUGUUUUAGUGUUGUUGUUUUUUUUUUUAUCAAAUAUUGAAAGAGAUUUUCUGUUAAUCUGUUUAUUUUUCAUUCAAGUUGGUCUGAAAACAUGCCCUAAAAGCACAAAGGAUAAUGCAUUGAGCAGCUGGCUCGCUAGGUUAGCUGAUAUAGCCUUUAGUGUGUUAUCAGUUUUCUUUACCUGUGUUUGACAUUUCCGAAACAUGAAGUUUGGCUUAACACGUAGACAUAUCAUAAUAUUUUUUUUUUGUUUUUGAAAUGGCUUUAGGGUACAUCACAGCCAUUAAUUAUGGUAAUUGCUAAUGCUAGUCGGUUGCGUGUGGUAAUGUGGGAGGGACAUUCUCAUUGCAUUUGAUUGGACAGAAAUAGUUAGUACAAGAUGAGUCAUCAAUAUUUCUGGAUAUUUUUUUUUUCUGAAGAGAAAAACUGUACAUUUUAAAUGCUUAUCUGCUAACGUAUGCUAAUGCCACAAAACUGUAAUUUUAAUUUAAUGGGGGUUUUAACCAUAACGAUAAUCCACUUUUUGUGGAUGGUGCUAAACCUUAUGUUCAGCCCAGACGAAGGAGGCAUACUAGUAGGCUAAACGCAGUAAUAAAAAGGCUUUAAUUGGAUUUAAUGUGCCUUUCUUAAAAUCUCGACAUGCGACGGCGGAACUUUUUUUGUAUAAUCUGUUUUUCAUUUACUAAACCCGUCCUCCAGCUGUUUUCUUUUCCCUCAUGCACAUCAGCAAAACCUUGGCCUGUAUUAUCAUUCUCCAUUGCUUGCCUUUUCCUCUAUGACUCAACACUGAGAAACACACUCAGAGACACACACAAGCUCCACUUCAUUCCAGCACUGGUAAGGUCUAACCUUGCAUAUUCACUGCUGCUUAGUUGUUAGUGUGUACUCAAAGACACACAAUUGUUUGUUCCAAAGUGAGGGAACUAAGAGACUUGGGGAGGAAAAAAAUAUGUUAAAUGCUUUUGAAUUCAUUUCCGCAAAACGUUUGUUCCUCGGAGAAAACUUAGUAACAUUAAUAAUAUGAAGUAUGAGGGUAAACUAUUUCAAUGUUUGAGUUCUCCCAAGAAAAUUUGCUAACAAAACUGGAACGCACGACAAAAAUACCGAUUAAGAAAAUUACGUUUUUCAUCCAGUUUUCCAAGUUAUUAGGACAGUAUGGUCUCCUCACUAAAAUGUAAAUUUUGGCUUGUUUUAAUACUGUUCUAGUGUUUUUUUUUAACGUUAAUUGCACUUUCAUUAGCUAAGCGAAAACACAGCGGGAGAAAAAAAAGCGUUGUUGUUGCCCCGCGAGACUGUCUUUCUUUUGGAAUGUAUCUGAAAUAGAGGGUGACGCGAGGUUAAUGAUUCAUUCUGUUCGCAUGGAUGGACUGAUGUAUUCAUGGUGACGGUGAGAGGGGUCACUACUGGCCUCAUAACGUAGGCUAUAUCUGCUAGUUAUCACCUCAUGACUGUUAUUAUUGUUUUCGCUCUUCCUGUUUCUUGUUCGUUUCUUGCUGACCUCAUUGCCUUUCUACUGUUACUAUGACGACUCUUUUAUUUGUGAUGGCAACACAUUACACAUCGAAAGCAUAUGCCCCAUAGCAACCCUUCUGGGCUUGGUGCUAUUAAAACAACAUCGAAUGGUUGGAUCACUUCAACUAAAUUGUGAUUACAGUGCAACACAAACUGUUAUAUGUACAGAAUCUGUUUUGUGCCUUUCUUGGUGGCACGUUUUUCUCUGGAUUGAUAGUUUGAGAGACAGCCAAAAAAAAAAAAAAAAAAAUAUUAUUCGUAUUUGGUAUUUUUGUCUUGUUAAACAUCUGUGACACAGGAGCAAAAAUAUUGGAGAAGAAAAACUGAGUUAGGCUAAAGUAGGCUAAUAAGGGAGUAUUGAAUAAGUUUUUUUCCCACUACACACAUCAUGGACAGUUUUUUUUUCUUUUGUUUUUAACCUGAAUAAUUUAAUGUGUAUUGUUUGCCACUGUGUAUUUUUCACACACAUACUUUAUUACUUUUCCACAAUUUUGCUUCUCAGUUUAAAUUAAUGGUUAGUUUAAUAAAUAAAAAAACACAACAAACAUAUUAAGCUAAUUAUUUUAUUUUUUAUUUAAGCUGGUGUGGAAAUAUGGCAUAAAUUGAGAACAGAAUUGUCCUAUGUGAGUUUUUCAAGUCUUUUCCUUGAGACAUCAUGAGCAUAUGCAAGAGUUCAAAUAAAACAUGCCAUGAGAAUUUCCUCUGAUCCCAGAGCAGCUGUCGACACACACACACACACACACACACACACACUUUGCUAUGUGUGCUUGAAUGUUCUUUUAUGCGUGGUAUGUAAUCUAUGUAAAAUGCUGAUGGGAACUGAAAGAUGGUUUAGUCUGAGGUUGCCAAAUGAUUUCUAGUCCCGCCCCUCUCUUUCCCCAUUAACCCCAGUCCAGAAGUGAACCUGUUGUGUGCUGGUGUUUAUACUGUUGGCUGUGCUGUUUGAGGAUGUUCGCUUGCGCUGAAAAGUGUCUAAUCCCUUGAAUGGUGAUGUUACAAAAAUGGAAAAUUAAUAAAAGGGGGAGAAAGGA